UGCAGGUGUAUGAUACUGCGCAGAUUGUCAAUGGCAGCCAGAGCUUUAAAACCAAUUUACCAGGAGCACUUACCUCUGGAAACUAUUGUGGAAAAAUUGAAUUUUGGAGAGCUUUUUAAAAGCACUCUUAGAAUUCAUCAAAAACAUCACAGCAUUGCAUUUCUGUCUAAUCCUGUGAAAAGUGAAAAAGACUUUCUUGUGGAAGGCAAUAAUCAAAAUAGAGCAUUCAAUGGAGAUUUAGUUGCUUUUGAGAUACUACCUCGAGAGAAUUGGAAGCUGAACAAAUCCGAACUCAUGACUAAUCUUAUCGGAAACAGUUCUAAAGACACAGAUUUACCUGUCAUGGGUCAAGAUGAAAUCAGUUUUCAAGGGAAAAGUUACAAUGCCUUGAAUGUGGAAGAUAAGUUCUUGCAAAAAACUGCAAAAAUUGUUGGCAUUAUCGAAAAAAUUCAUCCAAGAAAAGCUAUGGGGUAUGCAAAAGUGUAUAAUAAAAACUUUGCAUUAUUCAGUCCUCUGGACAGCAGAGUGCCACGAAUGCUGAUUCCCCUAAAUGAAUUUCCAAAAGGAUUUGCUGAAAGACCUAAAGAUUUUGCAGAUAAUCUUAUGAUAGGACUUGUCAAACGGUGGGAAUUAAACGGCAAGUUUGCUAUGGGAUCAUUGUUGAAAUCUAUCGGUGGUGAUAAGGAUGAUCUAGUAGUUGCUGCAACAGAAGGAAUACUUACUGAAAAUGAUCUUGAUGACUCACCUUUUCCUGACGACAUCGAUGCUGGGAUACCUGAUUUUAAAAUAACAGCUGAGGAUGUUGCUAAAAGACAAGAAUUUGAUUUCCGAAAGAAAUGUGUUUUCACUAUUGAUCCUGCCACUGCCAGGGACCUAGAUGAUGCUUGCUCUGUUGAGGAAAUUGGAGACGGUUUGUAUGAGAUAGGUGUUCAUAUUGCAGAUGUUAGUCACUUUGUCUAUCCAGGAACUGUUGUUGAUGAUAUUGCUCGUGAAAGGACAACCAGUGUAUAUUUGGUUCAGAGAGUUAUACCUAUGUUACCCAGGAAACUGUGUGAACUCCUGUGCAGUUUGAACCCUGGAGUUGACAGGUUUUCUUUUUCAGUCAUAUGGAAAAUGAAGAAAGAUGGAACUGUUUUGUCCACUAAGUUUGGGAAAAGUUUGAUAAAUUCGUGCUGCAAGCUGCAUUAUGAACAUGCUCAAGAUAUGAUUGAAGAACCUGAUCGAGAUUUUGAGGAGGGUUAUCUCCCCGAAAUUCACAACAGCUUCACACACAGAGACUUAUCAAAGAAAGUAAAUAUCCUCCACAGUAUUGCUAAGAUUUUAAGAAAGCAGCGAAAAGAAUCUGGUGCCAUUUCUAUUCAGCAGUGUAAAAUAAAAUUCUCACUAAACAAGGAGAAUAGUAUGCCUUCUGGUUUAGGAUCAUACAAAUCAAAAGAAAGCAACAAGCUUAUUGAAGAGUUCAUGUUAAAAGCAAAUGUAAGUGUAGCUGAGAAACUGAUAGAACACUAUCCAGACAAUGCCAUCAUCAGGCGACACUCGGGGCCCAAAGAGAAUGUUCUGAAGGAAACGAAGAAAGUCCUUGAAAGAAUGGGAAUAGAAAUGGACACAACAUCCUCUAAAAUGAUGCAAGCAGCACUGAACCUGCUACAACAUGCUCCGAACCAGCCCACCUCAGUUGGGCUGGUGGUAGCCAGUUUGUUGGCCAAGUGUAUGUCUUUAGCCACGUACCACAGUUCUGGGGAGUUCGACAGUCCUACUGACUACUUCCACUACGGGCUGAGUAUGGAGUUGUACACACACUUCACAUCGCCCAUCAGGCGUUACCCUGAUCUCAUUGCUCACAGGCAGCUCCAAGCUAUUUUGGAGGGGAAGAAGAUUGGUCCAAUGGACUUUGAUGAAGUGAGCGAACUAGCAGAACUGUCAUCUCAAAAGAAAUACGCUUCUAAACUAGCUAGUGAUAAGAGUGGGGAACUGUUCUUGUGGUUGUUUUUGAGGGAACAGAUAGCUAUGCAUGAGCCUGCUAGUGUAGUGGAUAUUGGUUCAGAGUCUAUAGAUGUUCUUGUUCUACGAUACGGAGUUCAGGUUAGGAUCUGGCGGGAUUACAUUGGUGAGAAUAUUGAGUUUCAAGCAAAAGAGAAACAUUGGGCUCACAUAACCUGGCCGGCAGAAGGGGACAAGAAGAAAUGCAGCAAGAGAUACGAACUUCUAGAUAACGUAGUUGUUAUUAUGAAGGCUGGAAAGCAGUUGUUCAAGAUAAACGGUGCCCUCCCUAGACCUGAUUCUACUGAUGAAUUGCACGUGCCUAAUCUUGAAGGUUUUGCUUCAGAAGACGUUUAAAUCCGCCGUUUUAUUCCACGUUAGAUUUUGAGAUGACUUUUCUAAUUAUUGCUACUACUACUACUACAUAGUAGUAGUAUAGUAUUAUUGAUGUAAAAUCUUCUAUUUGUCAGAUUUACCUUAUUAGAUUGUUCUAAUAAUUUUUAAUGGUGUGGAUCAAAUUUUACCUUUUUGAAAUUUUAGCAACGUUUU